CUCGCCCGCAGUGCUGUCCAUGAGGGCUACCACGACGCUGUGCUGGCCACGCUGGAUGAGGUUGCCGCCACGUCUGGUGACGCUGGCAUUGCGGCACGGGCGCUUGCCUGCAUCGCCGAUGUCCUGGGCUGCAUGGCACAAGGGGAAGGGGGUUUGCGGAGUGGCCCGGCUGCCAACAGGGAGUGGGCCUCGGCUUUUGGGCGCUUGGAGAGCGGGGACAUCGCUGGUGGUGUCCAGGAGCUGGCCACCGAGCGGCAGAAGUGGAUGAGCAGGCCGGCUCUGCUGGUGAGAGCAGCUCGGCAUUACGAGGGGGCCGAGCAGAUCCUCAUCCGACAGGCGGUGAUGUCCUCGUGCCAGUUUGUGACUGUGGGACAGACAGAGCUGCCACCCUUGGGGCACUGGGUGCAGGUGGUGUGUCCAGCCCGCCUGGACCUCUCUGGCGGCUGGAGUGACACCCCCCCCAUCACGUACGAGCACGGGGGAGCUGUGGUGGACGUGGCGGUGCUGGUGGACGAGUGCCGGCCCCUCGGCGCCCGGGUGCGGCGCAUUGCUGAGGGAGCAGGUAGCGCAGCAGGCGUCAGCUUUGCUUUUCUCUUGUCUCCAGGAGCCUUGCUCAAAGCUGCCUUCAUCUGCACCCAGGUCGUGCAGUUCCCCUCGCAGAAGCCCUUGCGGGCCCAGCUGAUGGAGAACUUCGGGGGCGGGUUUGAGGUGCACACCUGGUCCAAGCUGCCCCAUGGGUCUGGUCUUGGCACCAGCAGCAUCCUGGCGGGAGCGGUGAUGGCAUCGCUGUACCGGGCAGCUGGGAAAGCUGCCAGCACUGAGUCCCUCAUCCACGCUGUGCUGCACCUGGAGCAGAGGCUCACGACAGGCGGUGGUUGGCAGGACCAGGUGGGCGGACUCAUGCCCGGUAUCAAAAUCGGGAGGUCGAAGGCACAGCUGCCACUCAGAGUUGAGGUGGAGAAGAUCCUGGUGCCCGAUGGUUUUAUCCAGACCCUCAACGAUCACUUGCUGCUGGUGUACACAGGGAAGACUCGCCUGGCCCGAAACCUGCUCCAGGACGUGGUGAGGAACUGGUACGCCAGGCUGCCCUCCACCGUGCAAAACGCUGACGCGCUGGUGAGCAACGCUGAGGAGUGCACCCAGGCCUUGAGGCAAGGUAACCUGGCACUCAUCGGCCAGUGUCUGGACCGCUACUGGCAGCAGAAGAAAUGCAUGGCCCCUGGAUGCGAGCCGCUGGCCGUGGGGCUCAUGAUGGAUGCUCUCCGGCCCUACGUCUACGGGCAGUGCCUGGCAGGGGCUGGUGGCGGCGGCUUCCUGUACGUCUUGACCAAAGCCCCUCGGCAGAAAGAGGCUUUGCACCAAAUUCUAGCAAAAACUGAGGGACUGGGCAACUUCAGCAUCCACAGCAUUGAAGUGGACACAGGUGGUUUCUCCGUGGAGAUCGUGGGAUGUGAUCUGAAGGACAGUGCUUACCCUGGAGAGGAUGUGGCUGUGUGA